AUGGAGGCGGACGCCGUCGCAACCCUGUUGAGCGGCACCAGCGCACACGCCCCCCGCCUGUGUCGGGCUGGCUUGGCUGUGGUCUUCACGCUGCGGCUGAGCACCUUGGCGGUUGGAGCCAAGACCCUGUGGCGGGACGAGGUUGGCGACCUGGCCUGCAACGCCAGCGCGGAGAGCUGCCGCCGCACCUGCUUCGCCGCUGCCUUCCCCAUCUCACCCUUCAACCUGUUUGCACUGCAGCUGGCGGUGAUCUUCAGCCAUGCUCUGGCCAGCUCCUGGCACUUCCACCCACGCGGUGAGGGCACGGGCAGCUGGCUGCAGCCCGCGCUCCGGGGCAAGCAGCAGCGGCUCUGGCUGCACUUGGGAAGUCUCCUGGCCAAGGUUGUCCUAGAAGGCGUCUUCCUGGUGACGUUCCACACGCUCUACAGCCACUUCCCCAUGCUGGUGCAGUGCCCUCCGUCUCCCUGCCCGCCAGCCGUGACCUGCGCCAUCCUGAAUGCCGAGGAGAAGGACGCCUUUAACCACUUCAUGGCCGGCUCCUCCUGGGCUUGUCUCCUACUCAGUCUGCUGGGGACGCAGCACGCAGCCGUUCAGAUCUUCCAGGAGGCUUCUGGAAAAGCUCUACGAAAAGGCACAGCCAAGAAACUAUGCGUGUAA